CUUCGGCAUCGCGUUCACGACUUGAACAUCAUUUUGCGAGCUGCAUAACCACCUUCUGGUUUGGCUCAUCCACAGUAAAAAAGCCGAGCAACUCAUCCAGAAGAACCUAUAUCACCAUGGAGACUUCCCGGAUAUUUGUGCGUGGGCUUCAGCCAAACAUCAAAGAAGCCGACUUCAGAAAACACUUUUCAUCCCGCGGGCACAUCACAGAUGUCAAGCUCAAACCUGAGCGUGGCAUAGCGUUCGUAGGAUAUAAAAGCCCCGAAGAGGCUGCCGAAGCUGUCAAAUACUUCAAUCGCUCCUUUAUUCGAAUGUCAAAGCUAUCCGUGGAGCUGGCGAAGCCCAUUGGAGACGUUUCCCUGUUGAAAUCGCGGCAGCAGACCACAGCUGUUCAGUCGGCUCCCACAAGAUCAGUUGUCCAACCACCAGAGACAAAAGAAGUCAACGCGAAGAAGAGAAAACGCGAUCUAUCCUACGAUGCGAAAUUGCAAGAAUUUCUCGGAGUCAUGCAACCUGGCAAGAACCCCGAGAACAGCGCGCUUGAGGUUGACGAGGAAACAAACCCAAGGAAGAUAGUGGCCCUCAGCGGGGAAGAGUCCGACAAUGAAUACGAAAAGAUACCAAGUCGAAAUCGAUCCAUCGUUGAGCCCACAACAUCGAAGAAGGUGACUACGCCGUCCGGAGCUGCAUCCAACUCCAUUAUCCCCGGCGAUGCCUCUGGCGAUACCGUUAGCGACGCCCAGGAUCCUCCCUGUGCUCUCUCUGGCAAGGCUGCCACGGAUGAUGACUGGCUCAGAUUACGAACAAACAGGUUGCUCGACUUGAUGGACGACGACGACAUCGCUGCCAUUCCAUCAAGAGCCGAACCGUCUACAAGUUUACCGCCUACACCGGUACCCACCAAAUCCUAUGCGGAACCGGAGCGUACGGACGAAGCAGACGGAGACAAACCAGAACCAGAUUCAUUAGAGGAGGAAACGCCACUGCAAUCUAUAUCCAGAACCAGAAGGCUUUUCAUUCGUAAUCUAUCUUACAAGAUAACUGAAGAGGACAUCAGGAAGUUCUUUGAGCAAUACGGUAGUCUCGAAGAGGUUCACCUGCCGAUGGAUCGAUCCGGCAAAAAUAAAGGUUUCGCCUUUGUUGCCUUUGUCGAGUCAGAUUCCGCAGUGGCCGCAUUCCAGAAAGCAGACAAGGCAAGUUUAUCUGGCCGAAUACUCCAUUUACUCCCGGGGUCGACAAAGCGGGACACAGUCGAUGAGUUCGAACUUUCCAAGCUUCCCCUCAAAACACAACAGCUCUUGAAAAAGAAGGCUAAGGCAGCAACGUCCAAAUUUGAUUGGAAUUCGCUGUUUAUGAACCAAGAUGCUGUGAAUUCCUCAGUAGCUGCUCGCCUUGGGAUCUCGAAGUCAGAACUCCUUGAUCCAACGAGCGCCGAUGCUGCCGUGAAACAAGCAAUUGCAGAAACUUCUACGCUGCAAGAUGUAAAGGCCUUCUUCACUGCGAACGGUGUCAACCUGGAUGCCUUCAAAUCAAGCCCAAGAAGUUACGCCGUCAUUCUCUGCAAGAACUUUUCAUAUGGAACCAACACGGCCGAGGAGUUGAGGAGUGCUUUCGAAGUACACGGCCAGGUCACCCGAGUGCUAAUACCGCCCAGCGCUACUAUUGCCAUCAUCCAAUUUGCCAAUGAGGUCGAUGGCAGGACUGCGUUUGAUAAGCUCAAGUACAGCCGGUUCGGCAACAAUAUGCUGUUCCUGGAACCUGGACCACAAAACCUCUUUUCCCAAAGAGAACAAGGUGUCGCUGUUUCCACUAAGCCCUCUGACACGCAGAAAGUAUCCGCCUCUGAGCUCCUAGAACGUGGUGACAAUGACGGAGACAUUGAGUCCACCUCUCUUUAUGUGAAGAGCUUGAGUUUUGCUACAACGACGACACAGCUGGCCGAGGCUUUUCAGCAUCUAGAAGGAUUCCAGUCUGCCCGUGUCAAAACAAAAUCAGAUGCCAAAAAACCAGGUCAAGUUUUGUCCAUGGGGUUCGGCUUUGUAUCGUUUUCGACCAAGGCGGCUGCCGAGGCUGCAUUGAAAGCGAUGGAUGGCACCGUCUUACAUGGUCACAAAUUGCAAGUCAGAGCCUCACAUCGUGGCAAUGAUGUCGCCGAGGAGCGUAGACGUGAAGAUCAUGCGAAGAAGGUUGCCGGACAGAAAACCAAGAUAGUAUGUCGCAAUUUGCCAUUCGAGGCUACCAAAUCGGACCUGCGAGCCCUAUUUGGCACGUAUGGUCAGAUUCGAAAGAUAAGGAUCCCCAAGAACGUCAGCAAUCGAUCCAAAGGCUUCGCGUUUAUCGAAUUCACUACGGUGCGCGAAGCGGAGAACGCAUUCAAUGCGUUGUGUGACACUCACUUGCUGGGCAGGCGUCUGGUCCUCGAAUACGCAGAGGCGGACGCUGCGGAUGCUGAGGCCGAAAUAGAGGCGAUGCAACAGAAAGUUGGCGGCCAGGUUAACAAGGUAGCCCUGCAGCGACUCACAGGGGUUGGCCGCAAAAGAGUCAACCUGGGCGAGGACGAGGACGAGGGAGGCAUUUAAUUAUGGUGUCUAUACUUGUACCGGACGCUAAUUAUGUCACUGGCUGAGUUGACAGGGCAUUGCCACGUUGGGACUAGGAACAAACAUGGGUCAAAUGCCCCUCCCUGACAAGGGAUGCUCACAAUCGGAUCGCUUACCAGGCCCAGGAGUCUGGCACCGAUACAUCGGUACUUUGCGCGCCUGCAUGACACUCUCAUCCAAUACCCCU